AUGGCUGCUCCUGUCCCGUGGGCCUGCUGUGCUGUGCUUGCUGCCGCCACUGCUGUUGUCUACGCCCAGAGACACAGUCCUCAGGAGGCACCCCACGUGCAGUACGAGCGCCUAGGUUCAGAUGUGACUCUGCCGUGUGGGACAGCAAACUGGGAUGCAGCGGUGACGUGGAGGGUAAAUGGGACAGACCUAGCCCCUGACCUGCUCAACGGCUCUCAGCUUGUGCUCCAUGGCUUGGAACUGGGCCACAGUGGCCUCUAUGCCUGCUUCCACCGUGACUCUUGGCAUCUGCGCCACCAAGUCCUACUACAUGUCGGCUUGCCGCCGCGGGAGCCUGUGCUCAGCUGCCGCUCCAACACUUACCCCAAGGGCUUCUACUGCAGCUGGCAUCUGCCCACCCCCACCUACAUCCCCAACACCUUCAAUGUGACCGUGCUGCAUGGCUCCAAAAUUAUGGUCUGUGAGAAGGACCCAGCCCUCAAGAACCGCUGCCACAUCCGCUACAUGCACCUGUUCUCCACCAUCAAGUACAAGGUCUCGAUAAGUGUCAGCAAUGCCCUGGGCCACAACGCUACAGCUAUCACCUUCGACGAGUUCACCAUUGUGAAACCUGACCCUCCAGAAAAUGUGGUAGCCCGACCAGUUCCCAGCAACCCUCGCCGGCUAGAGGUGACUUGGCAGACCCCUUCAACCUGGCCUGACCCUGAGUCCUUUCCUCUCAAGUUCUUUCUGCGAUACCGACCCCUCAUCCUGGACCAGUGGCAGCAUGUAGAGCUGUCAGAUGGCACAGCGCACACCAUCACAGAUGCCUAUGCUGGGAAGGAGUACAUCAUCCAGGUGGCGGCCAAGGACAAUGAGAUUGGGACAUGGAGUGACUGGAGUGUGGCCGCCCAUGCCACGCCCUGGACUGAGGAGCCACGACACCUCACCACUGAGGCCCAGGCUCCGGAGACCACGACCAGCACCACCAGCUCACUGGCACCCCCACCCACCACGAAGAUUUGUGACCCUGGGGAGCUGGGCAGCGGCGGAGGAACCUUGACACCUUUCUCAAUCGGCGUCCCUGUGACCCUGGCCCUGGCCGCUGCUGCCGCCACUGCCAACAGUCUCCUGAUCUGCCCCCUGCCCUGUCUCCCCAGAGCCCGGCAUCCCGUGAGGACAUGCCAGCGCACCUGCAGAGGAGCAGGAGGCCGGAGCUGA